UCACGAUUCUACUGCGCAGUAGCAGCGUAGCAUGCUAGCGAGUGUAAACAAUUCUUAAUUGAAUGUAAUGUAACAUUUAGCUUACAUUUUUAUACUAAAUAUCAUCGCUAAAUUAUAAGCUUAAAGCCAAUAACGUCGAGCACCAUGGAAACAGAAAACGGACCCAAAAAGAGAAACUACUCUGAGAAGUCUGGAUCUGAAGGCUCAGAGGAUGACGACUAUGUGCCGUAUGUUCCUGUUAAGAUUAGAAAACAGCAGAUGCUCCAUAAGGUGAUGCGUCUGCGUGGGAAAGGGCUCACGGAAGAGGAACAGAAAGACAGUGGUGGAGAGCAGAAAGAUGAGGAUGAGGGUCUCGGCCCCCGAUCCAAUGUCAGUCUACUGGACCAGCACCAGCAUCUCAAGGAGAAAGCUGAAGCUCGAAAGGAGUCUGCAAAGGAGAAACAGUUGAAAGAGGAAGAAAAGAUUCUGGAAAGCGUGGCUGAAGGCAGAGCUCUAAUGUCUGUAAAGGAAAUGGCCAAAGGUAUCACAUACGAAGACCCAAUAAAAACAAGCUGGAAUGCGCCACGUUAUAUUCUCGGCAUGCCCCCAGCACGGCAUGAACGUGUACGGAAGAAGUACCAUAUUCUUGUUGAAGGUGAAGGCAUUCCACCACCCAUUAAGAGCUUCAGAGAGAUGAAGUUUCCUCAGGCCAUCCUGAAAGGACUGAAGAAGAAAGGAAUCGUUCACCCAACACCCAUUCAGAUUCAGGGAAUACCAACCAUUCUCUCUGGCAGGGACAUGAUUGGCAUUGCCUUCACCGGCUCAGGGAAAACCCUGGUUUUCACGCUGCCCAUCAUUAUGUUUUGUCUGGAGCAGGAGAAACGACUACCCUUCUGUAAGAGAGAGGGACCCUACGGGCUCAUCAUUUGCCCUUCUAGGGAGCUGGCGAGGCAGACACAUAGUAUCAUUGAAUACUACUGUAAACUCCUAGAGGAUGAAGGGGCUCCUCAGUUGCGCUGUGCUUUGUGUAUUGGGGGCAUGUCCGUCAAAGAACAGAUGGAGGUGGUAAAACAUGGGGUGCACAUGAUGGUGGCCACUCCUGGCAGACUGAUGGACCUGCUGAACAAGAAGAUGGUGAGUCUGGAUAUCUGCCGCUAUCUGGCUCUAGACGAGGCUGACAGGAUGAUUGACAUGGGUUUUGAGGAGGACAUUAGGACCAUCUUCUCUUACUUUAAGGGUCAGAGACAAACGCUGCUCUUUAGUGCCACUAUGCCCAAGAAGAUACAGAACUUUGCCAAAAGUGCUUUAGUGAAACCCAUCACCAUUAAUGUGGGCAGAGCUGGAGCUGCAAGCUUGGACGUCAUCCAGGAAGUGGAAUAUGUCAAAGAGGAGGCCAAAAUGGUUUAUCUCUUGGAGUGUCUUCAGAAGACCCCACCUCCGGUAUUAAUAUUUGCGGAGAAGAAAGCAGAUGUAGAUGCCAUACACGAGUAUCUUCUGCUGAAAGGUGUGGAGGCGGUGGCUAUUCACGGAGGAAAAGACCAAGAAGAGAGAACAAAAGCCAUUGAGGCAUUCAAAGAGGGAAAAAAAGACGUCUUAGUGGCUACUGAUGUUGCUUCGAAGGGUCUGGAUUUCCCAGCUAUCCAGCAUGUUGUCAAUUAUGACAUGCCAGAGGAGAUUGAGAACUACGAAAGAAGAGGCUUUCUCCUGGCAACCCUUCCAAACAUGCCAUACUUGACCUGUCUUUUUCUAAUUUUUCUGAGAAUUACACGGUCUGAUCUUGGGGUGAAUUUGCUGGGAAGUCCACUCAUGGGAAGAACCCAUCCUAGCCCGAUGGCAGCAACAGCUGCUUUUCUAAGAUCAUUGCUGAUGUCUUUCCUCCUUGGCAUUGUGUUAACAAGGCUGAAGGCUCCAGACCAGCAAACUGCCAAAACUGCAGCUUUUAUAGAGUUGGUCACGCUUGCUGAUGAUCAAUUAAUCAAAGUCCACAGAAUAGGCAGAACAGGUCGAUCCGGAAAGACUGGAAUAGCCACAACAUUUAUCAACAAAGGAUGCGAUGAGUCUGUGCUGAUGGAUCUGAAAGCUCUGUUAAUUGAAGCCAAACAGAAGGUUCCUCCUGUACUGCAGGUCCUCCAAACGGGAGACGAGACGAUGCUGGAUAUAGGAGGAGAGAGAGGCUGUACAUUCUGUGGUGGUUUGGGCCACAGGAUCACAGAUUGUCCCAAGUUGGAGGCUAUGCAGACAAAACAGGUCACCAAUAUUGGCCGCAAAGACUACCUGGCCAACAGCUCCAUGGAUUUUUAAUGUUGUGUACUCCUUUGUCUUCACAUCUUUCAUUGAGAGGGGCUUCUGUCAUGUUUUGUCAUUUUGUACAAAAUGUAUUAUUCAUGGAACUGUACAUUGUUUUUUUUUUAUUUUUUUUAUUAUUAUUCAUUUCAGUGAACUUUUUAUUUGUUGCAAAAUACAGUCAAAAAUACAGCUUUGUAUAAGUAAAAAUAUAUUAAAGUUAAUUGGUUCCCUAGAGUUUUCAGCAGGUUUUGCGCCGUAUUGAUGUUCAUGUAAUUAUGUAACAGCUAAAGUGUUACAGUAUUUAUGUUUUUGACAGUUAAUUGUUUAUUUGCUACACAUCCAGUGUAAAUAUGUGACUGUCAAUUCAUGCGCCCUCUUUGUUUUAUGAUGCAAACUGCAAAUAAAUUCUUCUUUGAGAUUA